AUGUCUAUUUCUUCAGCAACAGCCAAGCAGUACGAGGAGGAGUACUCCGCCCACAACUACCACCCUCUCCCCGUGGUCUUCCACAAGGCCAAAGGUGCGCAUGUGUGGGACCCUGAGGGUAAAGAGUACUUGGACUUCCUUUCUGCCUACUCUGCUGUCAACCAGGGCCAUUGCCACCCCAAGAUCACCGAGGCUUUGGUGGAGCAGGCCAACACGUUGACCUUGUGCUCGAGAGCCUUCUCGUCCGACGUGUUUGGCCAGUUCGCCAAGUACAUCACCGAGUUCUUCAACUACGAGAUGGUGUUGCCCAUGAACACCGGUGCCGAGGCCGUCGAGACCGCCCUCAAGUUGGCCAGAAGAUGGGGUUACGUCAAGAAGGGCAUCAAGGAAGACGAGGCCAUUGUCUUGUCCGCUGUCGACAACUUCCACGGCAGAACCUUGGGUGUGAUCUCCAUGUCCACCGACUCCGAGGCCACCACCAACUUUGGUCCUUACCUCAAUGGGGUGGGUCCUCAAAUCCCAGGCGAGCCACGUGGCACCUUGUUGAGAUACGGUGUCAUUGAGGACGUCGAGAAGGCUUUCAACAACGCUGGCGACAAGAUCGCUGCCAUCUUGUUGGAGCCUAUCCAGGGUGAGGCUGGUAUCGUGGUACCUCCUGCCGACUACUUCACCAGAGUGCAAGAGCUUUGCAAAAAGCACAAUGUCUUGUUGAUCUGCGAUGAGAUCCAGACCGGUGUUGCCAGGACCGGUAAGAUGUUGUGCUACGAGCACUACGAGAACGUCAAGCCUGACGUUAUUCUCUUGGGUAAGGCCAUUUCCGGUGGUGUCUACCCCGUUUCUGCUGUUUUGUCCUCCAAAGACAUCAUGCUGACCAUCACACCUGGCUCCCACGGCUCCACAUACGGUGGUAACCCAUUGGCUUGUCGUGUGGCCAUGGCUGCUUUGCAGGUUGUCAAGGACGAGAACUUGAUUGAGAGAGCCAACACCUUGGGCUCCCUCUUGCGCCAAAAGUUGGAGAGCUUGCAGUCCGAGGCUGGCGGCAUCAUCUCCGAAGUCAGAGGCAAGGGCUUAAUGUCUGCCAUUGUCAUUGACGAGGCUAAGACCAACGGCAGGACCGCUUGGGACCUCUGCUUGCUCAUGAAGGACGAGGGCGUUUUGGCCAAGCCUACCCACGACAACAUCAUCCGUUUGGCUCCUCCUUUGGUCAUCUCCGAGGAGGACUUGCUCAAGGGUGUGGCCGGCAUUAAGGCUGCCUUGGCCAAGUUGCCAAAUGCGCCAAAGGCUGCUCAUUAA